UCUGACCAUCACCCAUGCUUUCAACACCCAUACUAUAUCAUGGAGCCCGUGUUGUACGAGUGUUCCAGUUGCCACGCCUGGACUCUCAGCCAGCAUUUCAGGUUCCACAAGAGGUACAGACACCACCAGCCCCCGCAGCGGAUCAAGGACCACCUGGAUCAAACUUCUUGGCUGCUAGCUUUCUUAAGUUGAUCCAGGAACAUUCCCAGUGCCCGAUUGUUGCACCAGUGACUUAUUGCUCAUCAGGACAUGCGGCUUGUGUAUAUUGCACGCUCAGUUCAGCCAUCAGCCUUGGGGUCACUAAAUGUGUCCUGUGUCGGUCUCCAAAUGUUGUUCCUGGAGGCUGUCCUUUCAUUUAUCUUCGGCAGACCCAGGACUUUGUUGUGUCCCUGAUGGAAGGAAUUGCCCAGGAGUUCCAAGACACUCCUCGCGAAAAUCCAGAAUUAAGGUCAUAUGCUUGUGGAGCUUUGCGAGAUGACUGGAAACAAAGAAACAGGGUUGGUCGUCUACUCAUACAUGACAUCCAGCAACUCCGGGGUCCACUGACCCCCACAGAGGCAAGCCGUAUGGUCUUAUUGGCCAGACUUUGUCUACAGGGGGAAGGUGUUGGUUCAGCCCAGCUCCCGAUCAAGAUUGAUUAGCUCUCCCCUUCCGAUGACCUCGAUUGGGAAGAUGGGGAGUCUGAAGAGGACGAGGACGAGGUGAUUUGAUUCCGCGGUGACGGGUGUACUGGUACGCUGCUACAAAGGAAUUCAUGGAUAACAACUUCAUCUUAAAUAUUUACGGAGCAUCCACGUCCCUUUG